GCGGCGGCGCCCCGCGAACAGGAAGUCCGUCCCGCCGCGAGAGGAGGCGGCGCUCGCCCGCUCAGCCCCAGAGUGAUUUUGGAUUGAAAACGAUGGGUAGAAAAGAUGCCUCUACAGCAAGGACUCCUGUUGACCAAUACAGGAAACAAAUAGGAAAACAAGAUUAUAAGAAAACCAGGCCAAUGUUAAGAGCAACAAGAUUAAAAGCAGAGGCCAAGAAAACUGCACUAGGUGUAAAGGAAGUUGCCCUUGUCCUUGCAGCUAUAUUGGUAUUUUUGUUGGCUUUCUAUGCUUUCUUUUAUCUUAACAUUUCCAAUGAAGUUGACCUUGAUCUGGAUCCAGACGAAAACUAGCAGAUGCAAUGAAUCUAUCAUCAGGAUUUCUUCAGCUGAAACAAGACUGCGUAGGAACACACAGUCCCUUCACUGUGAGACAAUAAAUGAUGCCAUUUCUUGCGGUCCAAAUUCAUAAGAAAAUUUUGCAAUAUGUCAGUCACUCACAUUCCAGGUCUCCAAAAUACGGGAAUAAUACUUGCACCUAGCAAGCAUAUUUGGUUAACACCAAAGCCAGGAGCCACAGUACAACAUAUGAAAUUUAUUGUUUACAUUAUUUUUUUCUCAGGCAGAGAACUCUGAUGUCAAAAGAGAGGUGCUAUUAUUAUAAUAGAUAUUGAUGCUCACUUCACAGGAGAAGAGUCUGCCUUGACUAAAUUUAGGAAUCAAAGCUUCCUAAUAGCCAAAUUAGAGUCCUUUUCCUUUCCCCAAAGAAAGCAGAAAUACCAAAUAAAAUGUCUUUUCUUGAUUUGUAUUUAGAGUGUAUCAAAAACCUCUCAUUCUUUCUCUCCCCUUUUAUCUUUCUUGUACAUGUGUGCACACAUGCCUGCAUGCACAAAGUUAGAAGAAAUCCUAGGAAAAAAAUUAUCCUUUUAGAAGCAGUCUGUCACCUCCUAUAUGGACUUAAUUUUAUGUCAUCCCAGAUUCUGUGUGCCCAUAUAUCUACAGUAAUCUUUUUCAUUCUUUUGCCAACUGUUCAGCACACAUGUGUUCUGUCAGAAAUGGCACCUGGAUGACAGAAGCUCUAACAUUCGCAUAUGCCUCUGAAACACAGUUCUUUGCCUCCUGUGCUGUCUGAACUAGUGUAAAUAGAAAGUUCAGUCACUGUUGAUUUUAAUUAGUGUAUUGCUCUGUUAUUAAUCUAAAGUUGAAAUUUCUAUUUUAAUUAUGUUCUUCCUACUGAUUUUGGUAUCAACUUGCUCUACCUGUAAGGGAGAUGUAAAAAUUUGCUUUCCAGUUAUACUAUCAUUUUUAUCAUCAAACUCAUGUGGGAAGUUGUAAUUACUGAGAAACCUUUUUCUAUGCAUACUUGUAAUGCAUACUUGUAAUGAUUGGAAGAAUGUUGGCUCAAUGACAUCCUCUAGUUCUUGCAAAGUACUUUUCAGAAUAUGCAGUAUAGAUAACAUUUCUGAUCCCUUUGAUAAAGAACCGCAAGCAACUUGAAAAAGUAUGUUAAAGCAGCUGCAGGGAGCUCUAAAAUUCAGGAUUUAUCCUGUUCUGCUUUAGCUUUGGCAUAUUUCUGGACCUGUGAUUGUAAAGGUUCUGUGUUCUUUGUUCUAAAAACAUAGUUAGUCUUUCUGUAGUUCUGAUUUCUGUUAUUUUGAUAUCAAGAAGAGCAUUGAGCCAUUGAUGCUGAGAGUGACAAGAGACUUGCCCAUAUUUUCUUCCAGAAGUUAUCAAAAUUCUGAAAUUCUAUUAGCAAUCUAGCCUUGAGGCAUCUUUGAUAUCAGUUUCAGGUUAGAUUGAAGCUGAAGAUUAUACUUAGUUACAGCAAAGAAAUUUACCUAGUUGUUCCCGAAAUGCAUGACUUAGAUUUCCUAUAGUGAUUUUGGAGACAAAGGGAUACCAAAUCAUAGGAGAGAUUAUAAUGUAAAAAGAUAUUUAUUUUAAAUUGAUCAAUGCAGUUAAUUUUUAAACCAUAUAGUAAUUAUAACCAUAUAUGUCAUAAUCCUCAUUCAGCUUAUAUAAUGCAAAACAACUCGUCUAGAAAUUUGGAAUACAACAGCCUUCUAAGAACAAGAUGAAAGAGAUGCAUACACAUAUAAGUGCAUAUAUUUCUCAUCUUUUAAUGAUGACUUACAGGCACAAAAUCCUAACAUUUAUGCGUUUGUAUGACUUACAGUCCUCUAAUACUCAUAUACAUGACCAAAUGCGUAGCAACAUAUUGCAUUUAUGGUGAAGCAUUUCCUGACACGUGGUCUGCCUUUUAGUGGAGAGAAAAGCAUAUCGCAAGCUGUCUUUCUGGAUGUGACAUGCCUUUCAUUUCACCAGUACCACGCCACAUGUCACAGAAGCUGCAGACCUCUCCUUUUCCUUUGCAUGAGCAAUUUCCUUUCUCCAUAAAAUACUGGAAGGAUUGCUUUGUUCAUAUGUGCAUGUUGCACUGUAGGUGAUGUGCUCUAUGAGAAGGAGGUACAGUUACCUCCUUAAUGCAGGUUCUCUAAUAACUUGUGUUCUGAUUCUGUUUCAUUAAAAAGGGGACUAUUUUUAAAUAUCAAAUAAUAACAUGAAAUUACUAGAACAAGAGCAUAUCAUUUCCCACACGUUAUGACUCAAAGACAAAAUCCGAACAAUAUAUGUGAGUGAAUGAUGUAUCUUCACUGGCUUGUGCCUCAUCAGAGCACAUUGCCCUCGAGUGUUACAGUCUGCAUUGGCUUCAUUUAGGUUAUGGUUUUUCAUUUACAUGAAAGAUAUUCUUCUGUAACCAGAAACCUUUCUUUUUCUCAGCUAAACUGAACAGACUUCUGGUCCGUGUACAUAGAAAUACGUGGUAAAUAUUGCAGUGAAUACACCCUUUCUUUUAUCAGUAUACUAUUUUUAAUGGGACUAUGUCAGUAGUUUUGUAAAGAUAAUCCUCCCGACACGUUUCAUCAAAGUAUGCAUCCUUGUUUUUCUAAAAGGCAUAAAUACAACAAUGUUAGCAACAAAGUCAGAGUCUGAGUUUAUUCAUGUUUGUCUUACAAUGAUUCUGCUGUAUUCAGUGAAAUUACUCCUGAUUUACUCUAAGGGGAAAUCAGAAUCCAGUCUAGAGUUAUUUCUGCUUUCUGGAGGACUGCAAUGUCCGCGCCUGGUAUUUGAAAGUGGAGAUUGAUUUUAAUCUUUCAAACACGUUGCUUAUUUAUAUCUGAGGUUGAAAUUUGAACAUUUUUCUUUAUGUGAGUUGCUCAGUAUCUGUUUUAAUAAUAAAUGGAUUUCUACUAUUUUGAGCUCUUAUUAAUAUGGGAUAUGUCACAGUGAAUUAUAUGUUCAUCUGAAAGGACAUUAAAACAAUCUAGAUGGCAUGAUAUUCAAGUUUUAGCAAUGAUACUUAGAUUUUUAGAAUAUUUGGACUAGUAUAGGCAAUUCUGAGCCCUAAUCUCUCAUUAAAACUGAGUGUAAUCUCUGUGAAUACUUCAAAGACAAUAAAGAAAACUUCCCUUGGCA